AUGUGCGCUCGGGAGACUCAAGAAUCCGACACAACAGGCGGUCUGAGCAAACCGGAGACGAAGUGCGUCUGCAGUGCAAAAGGUGGUGUUGCCGCAGCGCUGCGCGCCGAUGGGGGUUUUUGUACUAUUGGUGGAAGGGCCAGCGGAUCGACAUAUGGAGCUGAAGUGUGGGGAGAAGUCGGAGCUAGUUUUGGUUCAUCCGGAGACUUGUGCGAUACCAACUGGGCGGGAUGGUUGGGCGUUGCGAUUUGCUCUCGCGAGAUGGAGGAAUCCGACACAACAGACGGUCUGAGCGAACCGGAGACGGAAUGCGUGUGCAGUGCAAAAGAUGUUGCACUAUACGUCGUGAGAAUCGGUUUUGCUACCCCCGUGUUUUUCAGUGGUAGAAGCGCACUACGAGCUGCAGUCUGGGAAAAUUUCCAAGCUCGUUUUGGUUCAUCCGCGGAUUUGUGCACUACCAGCUGGGCGGGGUGGUUGGGCCCUACGCUGUGCGCCCGCGAGGCGGAAGAAUCCACCAAAAAGAACGUUUUGAGCGAACCGAAGACGGAGCAUGGAUAUGUUUGUGAAUGCGUGCAAAUCCUUGCAGUUGCAGUAUAA